AUGUCUCAGACGGCCACCACGGCUGCGCAGUUUGUGCAGCCGCUGCUUGAUAAGCCGGUGGAGGUGACCUCGAUCAAGUACAGUCUCCUCUCUGAAGACACGAUCCACCGCCUCUCGGUCCUGCCCUGCCACCGCGUGAUUGGGACCGAAAAGAACUUCGGCGUCAACGAUGGCCGCCUUGGCCCGAGUGACCGCUUGUCGGUGUGCAACACCUGUGGUCAGCGCAGCAUCGAGUGCACUGGCCACGCCGGCCACAUCGACCUCGAGGUGCCCGUCUUCCACCUCGGCUACUUCUCUGCAGUCAUUCGAGUGUGCCGCACAAUCUGCAAGCGCUGCUCCAACGUACUCCUCACACGAGAGGAGAUGGAGUACUACCUGCACCGGUUGAGGUCCACGACACAUGAGCCGCAGCAGCGCGCCGCCAUCAUCAAGGGUAUCCAGGAGGACGCCUACAAGACGCGCGUGUGCCUCAUGUGCGGUGGGCUGAACGGCACGGUGCGGCGGGUGCGGCCAAUGCGUAUCGUCCACGAAAAGUACCUCGUCGAUUUGCGCCGCGGUGAGCAGGCGAACGAGGACCCGACGGCGUUUUUCCAGGAGGAGCUGCGGUCCGCUGUGAUGCACAACUCGGAGGUGGGCGCGCACAAGGAGUUCGUACACGAGUUCCUGCAUCCGCAGCGUGUGAAGAAGCUUUUCGAAGCGAUUCCGCAGGAGCAGGUGCCGUUGCUAGGCCUGCAACCUGGCACCAGUCCAUGCAGCCUCCUCAUCAGCACCUUGCUCGUCCCACCCGUGUGCGUGCGGCCGCGCGGCAUGUCGACGACGAGCCACAUCCGCGAGGAUGACUUGACGACGCAGUACAACGAGAUUCUUAUCUGCUCUGACAUGAUGAGCGACGGCACAAACGACGCCGCGCGCAGCGUAGAGACGUGGGAGCUGCUGCAGACGCGUGUGGCGCGGCUGCUGGAUGCGGCGCUGCCAGGGUUUCCUUCGCACUUGCGCACCGUCGAGUGCAAGUCCUACGCGCAGCGCAUGAAAGGCAAGCAGGGCCGUUUCCGGGGCAACCUCAGCGGCAAACGCGUCGACUUCUCUGGACGGUCUGUCAUUUCACCCGACCCAAACCUUCGCAUCGACGAGCUCGCCGUGCCGCUGCGCGUCGCGCGUGUGCUGACGUACCCGCAGCGCGUCUUUGCUGGCAACAUCCAGCUCAUGCGUCGACUCGUGCGUAACGGCCCGCACGUGCACCCGGGCGCCCUCACCGUUUACCUUUCGAAGGAGUGCUCGCGCAAGUCGCUGCGCAACGCCCGCGACCGUGAGGCCAUCGCGGCGCGCCUCAGCAUAGGCGACGUCGUGGAGCGGCACGUGAUGAACGGUGACUACAUCCUCUUCAACCGCCAGCCGUCGCUCCACCGCAUAUCGCUCAUGGCGCACCGCGCACGCGUGCUGCCCUUCCGUACAUUUCGGUUCAAUGAGUGCUGCUGCGCACCGUACAACGCCGACUUCGACGGAGACGAGAUGAACAUCCACGUUGUGCAGACGGAGGAAGCCCGCGCAGAGGCGAAGGAGCUGAUGCUGACGUCGCACAACAUCAUCACUGCCAAGAACGGUGAGCCCAUCAUCGCAUGCACGCAGGACUUUCUGACCGCCGCCUACCUGGUGACCUCCCGCGACGCCCUUUUCGACCGUGCCUCCUUCACGCAGAUGGUGUCCCACUGGCUUGGCAACGAGACACAGUACGCGCUACCAAUUCCAGCCAUCCUGAAGCCAGCGGAGCUGUGGACCGGCAAGCAGCUCUUCGAGCUCAUCCUUCGGCCAACACCAGAGACGCAGCUGCUGCUCAACUUGGAGGCGAAGGCUCGCUUCUACUCUGGUGCUGGCCGGCACGACGACCCGGCGGAAGGGUAUGUGGCGUUCCUCGACUCCGUCUUUCUCUCCGGCCGCCUCGACAAGAAGCUGCUGGGUGGCGGCGCCAAGGACGGACUCUUUGCCCGCCUCUACGCCCUGGGCGGAGGGGAGCAGACGGCGACGUGCAUGUCGCGCAUCGCGCAGUUCACCGCCCGCUACCUUCAGAACUAUGGCUUCUCCCUUGGUCUCGGUGAUGUGUCGCCAACGCCGUCGCUCAACGAGAAGAAGGCGGCCGUGCUGGCCGUGUCCUUCGAUAAGUGCGAUCGUCUCAUCUCUCUCGCCAAGACGGGCCGGCUCAUCCCCAAGCCUGGGAUGAGCGUGAAGCAGAGCCUGGAGGCGAUGCUGAACGCGGAGCUGUCGCAGGUGCGUGACGCGUGUGGUUCGGCCGCCGUGCAAGCGUUGGAUGCCAAGUCGAACGCACCCCUUAUCAUGGUGAACUCGGGGAGCAAAGGCAGCGCCCUCAACACUGCACAGAUGAUGGCGUGCGUGGGGCAGCAGACGGUCAGCGGCAAACGCAUCAUGAACGCCUUCCAGGACCGCGCCCUGCCGCACUUCCCGCGCUUCGCCGAAGACCCCGCGUCGCGCGGCUUCGUGGCCAGCUCCUUCUACUCUGGCCUGUCGCCGACGGAGUUCUUUUUCCAUGGCAUGGCCGGCCGCGAGGGUAUUGUCGAUACAGCCGUCAAAACCGCAGAGACGGGCUACAUCUACCGCCGCCUCAGCAAGGCCAUGGAGAACCUGAGCGUUGGCUACGACGCCUCGGUGCGUAGCGUGCAGGGAAACAUUGUGCAGCUGCGGUACGGCGAGGAUGGCAUGGACCCGUGGCUGAUGGAGGGGGCGCACGGCACGCCACUUAACCUCGAUCAGGAGUGGCUCAGCAACCGUGCCGCCUACGCCCGCUUUCGAAAGCACAUCGACAGUGUCAUCAGUGAGGGAUGGGGCAGUGGUGGGCUGGCCGCAUCAGCGGAUCCGCUCCUCCAAACGUACCGCAGGCUCUACGAUGAAUGGCACGCCGUGUCCAUGCUCCCUGGUGAGCUGGACACCUUCGUGCAUCAUCUGCUGCACGCGGAUGAGGCGACGCUCGCCUCCUGCGCACGCCUGAUGGAAGUGGAGGCGGCGAUACGCGGUGCGACACCGUCGUCUGCGGCCGCCAGUCAGCAGUUGUUACAGCAGCUCGCGCAGCAGCACGGCAGCGACCGCCUGCGCAGCGACAUUCAGGCGUUCUUCCGCAAGAAGCGCGACGAGCUGGUGCAGCUGCGGCAGAAGCUGAAGCUGCCCUUGGACGCCCAUGCGCCUGCAGCGGCGAGCGCCAAGGCAGUUCGCGGCGGAGAAAAACGGAAGCCAGGUCCACACGGUGACGUGCCGCCAUCCGUCACAGCCGAUGCGUCAACCAGCGCAGCUGCAGUGCAGGCGUUUGCAGAGUCGCUGCAGGCCGAGCUGCUGCCACUUACCAAAGGCAUGCUGCUUCACUUCCUCGAGGCGUCAGCGCGCAAGGUGCACCGCAAGCUGUGCGAGCCCGGCACGCCGUGCGGCGCCAUCGCCGCUCAGUCUGUGGGCGAGCCGAGCACACAGAUGACGCUCCGCACGUUCCACUUUGCAGGUGUGGCCAGCAUGAGCAUUACGCAGGGUGUGCCACGCCUCGUGGAGAUCAUCAACGCCAACAAGAGCAUCGCCACUCCGGUUAUCACGGCUCCCAUUGUGUUAGAGGACGAAUUCACGUCGAUAGACCUCGCGUCGGCGAGCCGUACGCAGUACCAAGCCGCGCGCGCGGUGAAGGGCCUGAUGGAACGGGUGCUGCUGAAGGAGAUCACACGCGAAAUGGUGGAGGUCGUGACGCCGCGGGCGUAUUACAUUCACAUCUUCCUCAACAUGGAGCUCAUCGAGCGCCUCCUGCUGCCAAUCGAUGCGGCGGUGGUGUGCCAGCGACUCUACGCGGCGGCCGCGCGGCCCAUGUCGCCGCUGCGCCAUCUCUCCGAGGCGUGUGCCGACGUGGUGAGCCGUGACUCCCUCGUCAUCAAGUCCUACGAGAAGGACCCGGCGCGGGUGCACUUUAACGUUCAGCACCUGCUCACCCUCCUGCCCGAUCUCGUGGUCGGUGGCGUCCCAGGCGUCAACCGAGUCAUGAUUGCCGACCGCUCGGAGAAGCUGCUGGCGGAGGGAGCGGAGCUGUUGUCGGUGAUGUCGCUGCCGUACGUUGAUGGUGUGCGUACCACGUGCAACCACGUCGCCGUCAUAGAGCGCGCGCUCGGCAUCGAGGCCGCCCGCGAGACCAUCGUGAAGGAAAUUACAAGCAUCUUGCAAGCCUAUUCGCUCAACAUCGACAUCCGGCACAUCUACCUCCUGGCCGACGUGAUGACGAGUCGCGGCGUGGUCCUUGGCAUCACUCGAUACGGCAUCCAAAAGAUGAACAACAACGUCCUCACCAUGGCGUCCUUCGAGCGCACCACGGAGCACUUGUACAAUGCGGCGAUGACGGAGAGGGAGGACGUCAACCUCAGCGUCUCCGAAAGCAUUAUCAUUGGCAAGCCGAUCCCCCUCGGCACCAGCAGCUUCAACAUCCUGCUCAACAAGGGCAGCGUUGCGCCACCCGGCUCCAACACGGGUCGAAUGCCGUCGCCCCAGCGCAGCGCCCACGCAGCAGCCGCGGCCUUGAAGUCGUCUGGCAAGGCUGCGGCGGUCGGCAAGCACAGCAAGAAGGUGGAGCCGACGCCGAAGGAGGUGUUCCUGCGCAGCUCUUUCAUGGCAUACGCCGCCGCGCACGGGGCGGCGACGCAUCGAGGCCUGCGUGGCUGCUUUUCAAGUCGGUCGCUCUCCGCCGAGGGGGUCUUCCGGUUGGACCUCUUCGCGUCGUGA